AUGCAAGAGAAUUUAAUGGCGCAAGUUGGCACAACUUCUAUUCGUCGUUGGAUUCCAGAAGUAGAAGACGAGUUGAAACCAAUAAUUGAUAAGACUACUUUCUCUUCAGUUGAUGCGGCGUUUAACUUCUACAACCAUUAUGCAAAGAAGGCAGGCUUCAGUAUUCGUAGAGGAUCAAAUAAAUACAAUAAGAAUCAAGAAGAGAUCUGGAAGAUGUUUGUAUGUUCGAAGGAGGGGACGACAGAUAACAAGGUACAAAUGAAGCAUGGUGUAGUAAAGAGGCGACGGAGUAUUACUCGAGAAAGUUGUAAAGCUCGCAUGAUAAUUAAAAAAGAGGGUGGUGGACCAAACUAUAUAGUGAAAAAGUUUGUUGAGGAGUACAGUCAUGAGUUAGCAACUCUUCGAAAGAAACAUCUUCUUCGAUCACAUCAUGAGGUUUGUAAUGCGCAGAAGAAUUUGGAAAAUACAUUCACUCAAUCAGGCAUAGGCAUUUCGCAAACUAUGAAUGUUUUGGCAAUUGAAUCAGGUGGUUAUGAAAAUAUUAGAUGCAGUGAACAAGACGAAUUGGAUCCAUCGUUCGCAUAUAAUGUGAAGGUUGAUGUGGAGGGUAGAUUAACACAUUGUUUUUGUGCUGACCCAAUUUCACGUAAGGCUUAUCAUCACUUUGGUGAUGUUAUAGUAUUUGACACCAUGUACAAUACAAACCACUAUGAGUUAAUAUUUGCACCCUUUACAGGGGUUAAUCACCAUGGGCAAUCAAUUAUACUGGGUUGUGGUUUUAUCCAUAAUGAGACCACUGAAUCUUUUAUCUGGUUAUUUGAGAAAUGGUGUGAAGCAAUGCCAGGGGACCCACCGAAAGCGAUCAUAACAGAUCAAGAUCCAGCAAUGACAAAAGCCAUCGUUAUUGUAUUUCUGAAUGCUUUCCAUCGUUAUUGUAUUUGGCAUAUUUUGCAGAAGGUCCCUGAAAAGUUAGGUCAUAUAGCUUUCAAAGAUGAAUUUAAAGUACAUUUUUAUGAUAACAUAUGGAAUUCUGAGAAACCCGAAGAUUUCGAAGUAAAAUGGAGCAAAGUUAUUAAAGAAAAUAAGUUGGAUCAUAAUGAUUGGCUUGCCUCUUUAUUCAACAUUCGUCACAAAUGGGUACCAGCAUAUCUAAGACAUGUUUUUUUUGCGGGUAUGUCUAGUAGCCAACGAAGUGAGAGCACGAAUGCGUUUUUUCGUAAAUAUGUGUCGAAGAAAAACUCGUUAAUGGAUUUCAUAAUUCGUUUUGAUCAUGGAGUAGCACAACAGAGACACAAGGAGUUAGUCGCCGAUCAUGAAACGAUUAGUAGCAAGCCGAAGUUGAAAACUUUAUUCGCCAUGGAGAGAGAGCUUGGAGACACUUAUACUCGGUCUAUUUUUUAUAAAUUUCAAGAAGAGUUGUAUGAAAGCACCAUUUAUACUGCAAUUCUUUUACAAAAGAUGGAAGGCCUUUGCAUUUACAAUGUUGGAGUGUGUGAAGGAACAUCUCCCGAACGGCUAGUUGAAUUCGAGAUGGAAUCUAAACAAGCAAAAUGUAGUUGCUUGAAAUUUGAAUUUGAGGGCAUACCGUGUAGGUACAUAUUAUGUAUAAUACGAUAA